AUGAAGGCUGUUCUUCUCGUUGCCGUCUUCUGCCUGGCCCUAAGCGUGACCAUGGCUGGACUCCUCAAGGGUGCCAUCCUUGGCGGUCUUGGUGCUGGAGCCCUUGGCCUCGGACUGGGAGCCCUCAGCCGCGGUGGUGGAUACGGAGGAUACGGAGGAUACGGAUAUCGCCCGAGCUACGGAUACGGCCGCGGAUUCGGAUACGGAGGAGGCUUCGGCGGACCCUACGGAGGCUUCUACGGUUAAAAUAUCCUCAUCCGGAUAUCGAACACGGACCACGGAUAUCUCGGAACAAUCCACAUGGAAGAUUUGAGAAGGCCGAUCCGCAAAAUAUCCCCCAUGUCUUGGAAUGCUCCAUGAUAUAAACGAAUAAA